AGAUGCUCAAACAAAACAACUGCAGUCUGCUGUCACCAAUGUGGAGAAGCAUUUUGGAGAGCUUUGCCAAAUCUUUGCUGCUUAUGUACGGAAAACUGCCAGACUGAGAGACAAAGCCGAUCUCCUGGUGAAUGAAAUCAACUUGUAUGCCUCUACCGAGACCCCAAAUUUAAAGCAGGGUCUGAAAAGCUUUGCUGACGAGUUUGCCAAACUUCAAGAUUACCGCCAAGCAGAGGUUGAAAGGCUUGAAGCCAAAGUAGUUGAACCUUUGAAAGCAUAUGGAACCAUUGUAAAAAUGAAACGGGAUGAUCUCAAAGCAACAUUAACAGCAAGGAAUCGAGAAGCCAAACAGUUAUCACAGUUAGAAAGGACACGCCAACGAAACCCAUCUGAUCGACAUGUAAUUUCGCAGGCAGAAACUGAAUUACAGAGAGCCACAAUUGAUGCUACUCGAACAAGUCGUCAUUUGGAGGAAACUAUUGACAAUUUUGAAAAGCAGAAAAUAAAGGACAUAAAGAACAUAUUUUCUGAGUUUAUCACAAUUGAAAUGUUAUUUCAUGGCAAAGCUUUAGAGGUCUUCACUACUGCAUACCAAAAUAUACAAAAGAUCGAUGAGGAUGAAGAUCUAGAGGUUUUCCGAAAUUCUCUGUAUCUACCAGAUUAUCCAUCUCGUUUAGAUAUUGUAAGAGCAAAUUCAAAGUCACCUCUUCAGAGAUCAGUGUCAGCUAAGUGCACAUCUGGAACUGGACAGAUAGCCACCAGUCGAACAAGAAAAGACCAACAAGUAGAAGAUGAAGAUGAUGAAGAGUUAGAUGUGACAGAAGAUGAAAACUAAUUUUAAGAAAACUUCACAUUUCCAUUUUCAUGUUAAGUGAAAUCCAGGAUCACUUUAUACUCACUCAACAGCUCAAACUUCAAAAUGAAAUACUACUAUGAAAGAGGGCAGGGGCGGAGGUAAAGGCAGUUAUGCACACCAAAAGAAAAAAAAAAACAGUUUUUUUAAAUGUUCCAUACCAGUCUUUUGUUAUUGUUUUUUUCAAGACAGAGUUUCUCUGUGUAACGGCCCUGGCUGUCUUGGCACUCACUCUGUAGACCAGGCUGUCCUGAAACUCACAGAGAGCCUCCUACCUCUGCCACCUCAGUGCUGGGUUUAAAGGUGUGUGCCACCACAGCCAGGCUCAUGCCAGUCUUUCAGCAUCCUAUUUGGUAAUUUAUUUUUCUGUAUAUGUUUUAUUAAACAAACCAACAAAAAGGGUUAUGUAUUUUAAAGCAUUUCAGAUUUAAUGCACCUAUUAAAGAUGCAAAAGGAAUGGGGUAACAAAACAUUGAAUAAUUCCUUUCAGUUUCUUUUAGGCUAAAACUUGGAGUUUUGAAUACCAUAAGAGGUCAUUUAAUUCUAUGCCAUAAUGCCUUAAGUAAAAAAGAUUGCUUCUUUUACAUUUAUCAUAACAUUAUGUUUCAUCAUUUGGUGUAUAAAUUUAGUUUCUUCAGCAAAAGAAGAAAAGGUAUAGAAUGCUGACAUCAGGUUUUGUAAGUGUACAACUGGUUUAAAACAAACUGCUCUGACUCUAAAGCACUGUUCACUCUACUUAUGCAAGUCACUGAUACUCAGAAGGCAAGUGAUUUGUUAGAAAUGUGCCUCCCUCAUCAUAGGAUGCCAUGAACCACUAAACACACUCUUAUCAGGCCACCACAAUCAAUAAACAUGUAUGUACUUUAUUCCUAAAUCCACAAACUUUCAUUGUGGUUGACAUUUCUUUUUCUUUUGGUUAAAAGAAAUCUCAACGAAAUUAUUCAAAACAAUAAGUAUUGCUCCCUGAGAAUACUUUUAAGAUUCUUUUGGUACUUAAUUCCCUGGAAUUAAGGAAGGGAGAUUAUUACUUUAUUUGUAUAUUCUUGGUCAGUAUUCAAAUUUGAUGUUGGAGCUGAGAGGGAAAAUAGCUACAGUAUUUCGGUUGCUGCUCAGUACUAGUAACUUCUCUUAAGCAGCAACUGCCUCAUCUAUCAAAUAAUGCCUAAUACAGCAAACAGUUCUGAUUCUAUAGUUGCCGUUCCUACUUCAGAGAAAGAGCUCAGUGUGGGGUCCAAGCCUGCUAUCCCACUUUUAGAAGGCAGAGGCAGGGGAUUGGUUGUUCAAGGUCAUUCUUCGAUUCAGCCAAGUUCAGGGACCAGCAUGGUCUACAGGAAAGGAAAAAAGAUUACUUGUAUAAGACUGGCAGUGGUGGUGCACACCUUUAAUCCUAGCUCUCCGGAGGCAGAGGCAAGUGGAUCUCUCAAAGUUUCACGGCAGCCUGGUCAGUAGAAUAAGUUCCAGGACAGCCAGGGCUACUCAGAGAAACCCUGUCUCAAACAACAACAACAACAAAAAUUAUAUACAUGUAUGUAUAUAAAAAUAAAAGGAAUAUUAGACUACAUUUUACUAUUUGUGGGCAAUGAGGCAAAAACAAGGUCAUUAUAUGACUACUUACAAGACCAGUUAGGAUAUAACUACAUUUAAGAAUGUGAAAACUGGGCUAGGGGUUAGCACUAGCCUAUUGUGCAUGAUGAGGCCCUGGGUUCAAUUCCCAGCACAACUUAAAAAAAAAAAAGCCUCAACAUGGUAAAUAGCCCAUCAUUUGGAAUCUCUAAUAAAAAUUAAGGGUUGAUAAUCUUAAUAUAAUCAAAAGCCACUGAUUUGUAACAAUAUUCUCUCAUCUCCAGGAUGGUUUGACAAAUCUUAAAGGAUUAAGUUUUCCUUUCUAGACAUGUUUUCCUAUUUUUAUAAAGAGAAUCAACACUCUCCCAGUGUACCUACUAUUGAUAGAAAACUGGCCAUGGAAUUACUGAAGCUCGGUGACCAAAGCAUGAAGCAGUAGAACUAUCCUUUCAUGUGUCUGAAACUGACAUGUAUAGUUAGGCUUGGCAAACAAGGGAAAUACUCUGACAUGGUGUAAAUGUUAGCUACUACCAUGGCCAACUGAAGUUAAUUCACCAUGUUACUCAAGGCAGUAUUAGAAAGAGAUGUGCAAAACAGCUCCCAUACUGUUUAGUAAACAUUUUUAUAAUAAAGUUUACAAAGUAUUAAACCUGGGGCUGAGUGAGAUGGCUCAAUCAGUGAGGUGUUUGCAGCACAACUAUAAAGUCAAAAGUGCUGAGGAGGCACAUACAGGAAGAUGGGGUGAGGGUGCUGGCCAGUCAGUCUACAAGUUCAGUGAGAGACCUGCCUCACAGAAAACUUGAAAAGUGUUUAAACAAGACACCAUCAAACUCUAGCCUCAUACAAACACACCAGUAUAUGUAUACUAAGACUGAUAACUGAACUAAAAUGGCCACAGUGCUCAACUUGAAAAUCAAGGCAUGGGAAAAGAGACAGCACAGCAGUUGGCACAGCAGUUAGGUGUACUCCUCUCAGCUCCACAGACACAUGGUACACACACAUACAUGCAAAGCACUCAUCCAUAAAAUAUAAAUUAAUACAAGUCAAGACAUAGUGCUGUGUUUCCCAGCUGGUCUCUUAUCCACCACUCCCAGCCCAGCCCAAUUUGACAAGCAAUUAAAUACUCAAUGAUCUUUCAUUUUAA